UCUCUCUCCUCUCUCUCUCUCCUCUCUCUCUCUCGUCCCGCCUUCUUGUGAGCAGAAACACUCGGGUCUUGAUCGCCCGGGACCGGCUGCUGCUGCUUCCUUUGAAGCUCUGUGUCUCUGCUCCUCUCUCUCUCACACACACACACAUCAUUCUUUCUCCUCUCUUUCCCUCUCUCUCUCUGUGCUGAUUCUCUCGCCAGCUCAGAGCCGGCUGUGUGUUGCGGGGGUUUGUGUGUGCGUUUGUCAGAGAGGAGGAACAUGCAGCAUCCUGGAGGAACAUGCGUAGCUUUACCCAACGUGGACGCCUGUCCUCAGCUGUCCUGCGCUGCCCUCACCUUCAUGUAUUUACAGCAGGGUAACCAGGACACACCGGCCCCCCCGGAUCCAUCCAUGGCCCAGGCUUACCCGUCCGCCCAGUUCGCCCCCCCUCCUCAGAACAGCAUCCCGGCCGAGUUCACGGCCUCACACCCCCACGCUCACCCGCACUCCCACCCUCACCCGCACCAGCACCCGGCCGCCCCCCAGGACUACAGCGGGGUCCCCACCUCCGUCAGCGAGCACCCCCUCAACAUGUACCAGUCCUCACAGAGCCACGGCGAGCCAGGGGGGUCCGAGCCAGGGGGGCAGACGGUCACCGGAACAGCCACAACAGAUGAUUCUGCACAGACGGACAGUCACACACCUUCACAGUGUUUACCUGAAAGCACAGACAGCAAGGCUCAGCCCAAGAGACUCCACGUCUCCAACAUUCCCUUCAGGUUCAGAGACCCCGACCUCAGGCAAAUGUUCGGCCAAUUUGGCAAAAUCUUAGACGUGGAGAUCAUCUUCAACGAGCGCGGCUCCAAGGGUUUUGGGUUCGUAACGUUCGAGCAUAGCGUGGACGCCGACAGGGCCCGAGAGAAAUUACAUGGCACCGUGGUAGAAGGCCGUAAAAUAGAGGUCAACAAUGCAACAGCCCGAGUCAUGACAAACAAGAAGACCGUCAACCCAUAUGCAAACGGCUGGAAGUUGAAUCCAGUGGUCAGCGCUGUCUACAGCCCAGAGUUCUAUGCAGUUCCAGGUUUUCCUUACCCAGCAGCCAGUGCAGCAGCAGCAGCGUACAGAGGAACCCACCUACGAGGUCGAGGACGGACCGUCUACAACACGUUCAGAGCGGCUGCUCCGCCCCCCCACAUCCCAGCGUACGGAGGUGUUGUUUACCAGGAUGGAUUUUAUGGUGCAGAUAUUUAUGGUGGUUACGCUGCCUACAGAUAUGCCCAGCCUACUGCUGCCACAGCUGCUGCAUACAGUGACAGUUACGGACGAGUAUAUGCUGCAGACCCCUACAACCACACACUCACUCCAGCAGCCACAUACAGCGUUGGUGCCAUGAAUGCAUUCGCCCCGCUGACAGACGCUAAAACCCGGAGUCAUGCGGACGACGUGGGGCUGGUGCUGUCCUCUCUGCAGGCCAGUAUAUACCGGGGGGGCUACAGCCGCUUCGCCCCCUAUUAGCAGCCCCGCCCCCUUCCCUCCACCUUUACUCAAGCUUCCAACGGGACGGACAGAAAGUGUGUGUGAGCGCGCGUGUGUGAGCGAGUGAGCGAGGGAGAUGUUACUGUGGCCUGGGUUUUGCAAUACGUGCAGUUUGUGCAUCACUUCAGUCUCCUCCGAGAGAAACAAAAAAAAGAAUCAAUGACAGCUGAUAUUUUUCAUCUUAUACCUCAGAUAUUUUGUGCUGUGUAUUUUGAUAUUGUGGGUUUUUAAUUUCUACAGAUAAAGUUUAGAUGAUCAGCUGUCCUCCUAGAGAGCUGCUAGAGCAGCGCGUAGACACAACGUGAAUAUUUAUCAGAUCGUUAGGGCUUGUAUAGAUCCCUGUCACAUAGAUCCUAGUCACUCUUUAGGGUUUUUAUGUUUUGUAAGAGUGUUUCAGUGACUAUGGUAGUCAAGUGUUGUCCUUUUACUUCUCUCAGCUUCCUUUGGCUCCUUCUCUCAGAACCAUCUUCAGUUUUUUAGUUUCUUCAGGAAAAGAGAAGAAGCAGCGACGACAAAGACGGUCUGAAUACUAAAGAAGCUCAGAGCAGCCAUGAUGUUUCUGUUUUUAUCCCUUCUUUAGUAACGGAGACAUCAAACAUUUUAUACUGAAACAUAUUCAUCACUUGAUGAUAAUAAUUAAGGAGAAGUCCGUCCCCGAGAUGAAGCCCCCCGAAGCGUCUGCGAUGUACGGAAGCCCCGAGAGGAAAGCGAGACAGAAAACUCGUCCUGAUCUUUAUUUUCGGUUUAUUGUUGUUUUUUAUUUUUAGUGACAGGACAGUGGAUAGCUGCAGGAAUCAAAUGUCCUCCUCGUAUAAUUUAUUUAAACUAUCACGGCGAUGAUGAUGAUGAACUUAUUUUAAUAGUUUUGUUCAUUUUAAUGUCCCUCAAAGGCCUCCAUAGUAGAUCAAGGUUUGACAGGUUAAAAAAAAACAUCACAUAAUCUUCUUGUAUGUAUAAGAAUUAAAGGUGUUUGUGAGUUUUAAUUUCUCCACUGCUGUAAACAUUUUUAAUGUUUACAUGAAAUAUAUGUUUUUACCAAGCAGUAACCUCCUCUGUUGAAAAAUGAAGCUGAUGCUGAAGUGUAAAAUCCUGCAGUUCCUGGAGUGUCCACUAGAGGCUGGCUGCAGAAGCACAGGAAGUCACAUACACACCCAUUCUAAAAAGCCUGUUUUUACAGCAGAGAUUAACAUGUUUACAGCCUGGUUCAAAAAAACAAAUAGGUGUGAUUAGCUCAUGUCUCGAUCGACACACACUGUACGGGGGGGUGAAUGUUUUGAUGACUCAUCAGUUUUGAUUUGAUGAAGGAUAAGAGUUAUUCACAAUAAGGCGUGUAGCUGACCUGAUUGACAGGUAGGCGCGGUGUAACGGUUUGUCAGGAGGUUUAAAACCCGCCUCAGAUCCAGCUCUCAGCCUGUCGUUAGACUGAGACAGCAUUUCCAGCAUGGAGACCGUACAGUCUGUGGUUUCUACCUCGUGUCUGUUGUUUAUAGAAAGACAGUUUUUUUUCUCACUUGCCUCUCUGGGCUUCCGUAGUUUCAUUGAAGUCAUUUAAUGCAAAAACUAAAAUCUUUCCUCCAAUUACGGCCCGGCUGCUCUUCCAUAGAUCGAUGACGUCACAAUCUCGUCGAGACAAGAACACUUCUUGGACUUCUUGCAUAGCUGCUCUGGGCUUCCAUAGAGAAUAACGUCCGUUUAUUCUUCCAGCUGCAGAUUUAACGAUCGACGAGGUUUUUCUCUUUCAUCACUUAAAGCCAAAGG